GUCAGGUCAACUUUCCCCUCUUCCUCCUCGACCGUGCUGCUUCAUUAUAAGCCCGCUUGCAGCUAGCUAGCAAGCAGCAAGGAGACAGAUAUCUCGUUUCUCUCUUCGCAGCAAGGAUCCCCCAAGCUAGUGCUCCACUGCUCCUCCUCUCAAGGUUUCCUCAAUCAUCAGAAAUGGCCACCGGAAGUAAAAUCCAAGAGAGCAAGCAUAGCCCUGAACUACCGAAACAAUUGCCAAUCGACUUUUUGAAGAAAAUUACUAACAAUUUCGCCGAAGAUCGAAUAAUAAGUGAAGGUCCUUUUGGAACACUUUAUAAGGGAAUUGUACCAGAUGAUGACAAAGUGAUUGCUGUGAAGAAACUUCAGGACAACGCACCAAUGUCAGCUGACAAAACAUUUAGUAAAGAGGUUCAGAAUAUUAUGGCGCUCAAGCAUGUAAACAUAGUAGAGUUAGUUGGAUUCUGCACUGAAACACAGAAGAAAUUGGUGCAGUUUGAUAAAAGAUACAUCCAGGCAGACAUCACUGAAAGUUUAAUCUGCUAUGAGUAUUUACCUAACGGUAGCCUUCAAGAGAAUCUAUUUGAGACCAAAGCAUCAGCUAAACAGGAAAUCAAUUGGGACACACGCUUCAAAAUAAUCAAGGGGAUUUGCCAGGGAUUGUUUUUCCUACACAAGUUGGAUAUUCCCAUUGUUCACAUGGAUUUGAAGCCUGAAAAUAUAUUGUUGGGUAUAAAUAUGGUGCCAAAGAUCGCGGACUUUGCACUCUCAAGAGUCUUUGGCCAAGAGCAAACCCGAUUAUGCACACAAACAGUUGUGGGAUCUUAUGGCUACAUGGCUCCAGAAUAUCUUUACAGAGGUGAAAUCUCGGCCCAGUCAGACAUAUAUAGUUUAGGCCUAUUGAUAAUCGAGAUCACCACAGGAGAGCAGAAUCCUCGUGAACAACCAUCAGCAAGAAAUUUUGUUGAUAAAGUGCGUAAAGAUUGGACACUGCAGCAUAUAACAUCCAAGUCCAAGUAUGCAUCGUUAGAUACAGGAAGCCUCCAAGAAGUUAAAACAUGCAUUGAAAUUGGGACAAGAUGUGUAGAAAUCGAUCGGAGAAAUAGACCUCCCAUAGAAGCAAUUGUUGGCACACUCGAAGGACUACGUCCAAGCUAAAUGUUAAACAAGAUUUUCCGUGUGUCUACUACAAGCAAGAAGCUUGGGUAUGUUUCUGGUUACAACAAGAAAUGAAACAUGCUCUGUUAUUGCUGGAAGAUUAUAAUUUGGAAAUAAGACCCUUCGAUGUCAUUUCAUUGCAGAGAUAUUGAAGUUUAAUUUAUUUUGUAAAAUCAAUGGUGUAAUUUAUUAUUAACUUUUGACUUGAUAUGCAA